AAGCACACCUGGGGCAGGAUAACAGGUGAUCCACGGGAGAUAACAGGUGAUCUACAAGUGAUCUACGAGAGGGAACUCCACGCUAACGGACGGGGUUUUCUUUUGUGGAGUAUAGCUGCAUUAAGGUAAUCUUCAGACUUUGUCUGAAAAUGGAGUUUGACAGUAUAAAGUCUACUGCUGCCCUUAUUUAUGAUGAGUUCAUCCAAAAUGCAGAUUCGAGGACGGAGAACUGGCUGCUUAUGUCGUCUCCUCUUCCCCAAGCGAUCAUCAUUGCGGUGUACAUUUACUUUGUCACAUCACUGGGGCCUCGAAUAAUGGAGAACCGCAAGGGUUUCGACCUGAAAGGGAUCCUCAUCGUCUAUAACUUCGGUGUGGUAGCACUCUCACUCUACAUGUGCUAUGAGUUUGUGAUGUCGGGAUGGGGAACAGGAUACUCAUUUCGCUGCGACCUGGUUGACUAUUCUGACUCACCGCAGGCUAUGAGGAUGGCGGCUACAUGCUGGCUUUACUAUUUCUCAAAGUUCAUUGAGAUGUUGGACACGGUCUUCUUUGUGUUGAGGAAGAAAAACAGCCAGGUGACAUUUCUUCAUGUCUACCAUCACUCCAUCAUGCCCUUCACCUGGUGGUUUGGUGUUCGUUUUGCUCCAGGUGGACUGGGAACGUUCCACGCUCUGCUCAACUGUGUUGUCCAUGUUAUCAUGUACACAUACUAUGGGCUGACGGCCCUGGGGCCCGGUUACGAGAAGUACCUGUGGUGGAAGAAAUACCUCACUACCAUUCAGCUGGUCCAGUUUGUUACAGUGACCACCCACAUUUCCCAGUACUUCUUCAUGAAGGACUGCCCCUACCAGUUCCCCAUCUUUAUCUACAUCAUUGGCUUGUACGGCCUGAUUUUCUUGUUCCUCUUCCUCAACUUCUGGUACCACGCCUAUACCAAGGGUAAGAGGCUGCCUAAAGUGCUGCAAGCUCAGACAUGGGGACACCACACCAACGGCGUCAUGAAUGGAAACGCCAACCAUGAGAAACAUCAGUGACCCAGGAUUCUUGGUUAAUCAGACACUUUGGGGCACAUGUCAUUUAUGCAAGCAAGCCGCUGGUAGUCUGAAAUUCAACGCAAACGUUUGGACUAUUUGUCUUGGUUGCUUUUCUGCUGGCAGCUGUAAAAGACAAUCCUUUUUUAAUUUAUGACCAAAGCUUAUGUUUGUAUAGUUUACUAAACUAAGCUAUAGGUGUGUCUCUUUUUUUUUUUUUUUCCUGUUUGUCCUGAAGGUAAAGCCUACAUUUCUGAGUUUCAAAUUCCCAUCUUUUGUUACAUGACUAUAAAAUAUUAAGUCAAAGACACUGACAUUUACAUUAGCCGUAGAGCUUUACCUAUGGUGAUGAGGCUGCAGGGCCUUCAGAUGUACAGUGGUACUGGGCUUCCUAAAAAUCAUUUAGACUUUUUUAAAACUUCAUCUUGCUUAAGAACUUUAUGGAAAUCCAAAAUACGAAUAUUUUUAACUUUGUGCACUGAAAAUUUAAGGUUUGUAUAUUUCACAAGGUUUGACAUGUCAUCUGUUCUCAGGUGGCAUUUCUUUUAAUGUUGAGGCAACAUUUGUGCUGUCCUUGUUGGAGGGUUGUGUGCAUGCACAACAAGGUUUUUGUUUACUUAUCAUAAAACACACACGCCCACUUCUCCAUGGAAUGUCACUGCUGCUGAUAUGCAAUAGCUCAAUUUUCAAACGGCGGCAUCAUCUUUAACUUUCCAAUGAAGCAAUGUGUUAACUGCCAGAGGAAACUUGAUGGGCCGCCGUGGUCCUUGUAGGAUCCAGAGCAGGCUUACUGAGGCAUAUUGCAAUAUAGCAUUGUUACAUGGCUUGGUUUACAGUUUGCACAUUUAAUAAUGUUGCUUUAUAGUCAUAACACUUGAACAACCUUGCUUUCCUGCUAUGAGUGAUGUGCUAAUGAAGUCUUCAGAUGGCUAGCGCCUGAGCUGUUGGCUCUGAUACUUUGUUGUGUUUUUUUUUUUUUUUUUUAAUAUCCAAAGUAGUGUUCAACUGGGAAGUGAUUGUAACACUCUGGUGAAUGGGGACAGGAUUGAGCUUUGUGUGGUGACUUUCACCUUUUCUUUUUUUUUUUCUUAUCAGGCAAAAAAAAAAAAGUCAACCCUAUAGGUUUACAAGUUUAAUGCUUACAAAUGUAAUUUUUUUGAGUUCUUAUACAAUGGAGAUGUACUGUAAAGAAAUGUUAUGUUUAUACUGUUUUAUA